AUGGCCGAUUUCCUCGGUGACCCAAACUUCCCGAACAAGGCCAUGCGAGCCAACCGCGCACGGAAGAUUGCUUACUUUCAAGGCCUCUACAAGCAAUACUCUCGUCUCGACUUCACCCGCUACUCCGACCGUCCUUUUGCCAUUGCGGGUCUCGAGAAGCGUCUACAAAGUGCUUUCAACACAAGGGGAGCGUUUGGCAUCUUUGACGAUGGCGACAAAGAAGACGGCGGACUCUUCCAUCGGAGUCUCUUGUGGCAACGCGGCGAAGAAAACGGGGAUCUUCCGAACAUGCCCACGAUUGAGUUUCCACCAGCGCGCAAGGUGAAAGUCCCAAGUUGGUCCUGGAUGGCGUAUCGAGGUGGCAUAGACUACAUCGAUCCGCCUUUCGACCAAGCAGACUGGGAGCGCACCGAGAUAAUCCCGCCUUGGACGCGUGGCGGAAGCAAACACUCCACGACAGACACCAGUCCACAGGAGGACGAGAUCGCCAUCAUAGCUCGGGUUCGCGACUUCAAAGUCGCGGGGCGAUUGCCAGAGGAGGUUAAGAUAACGUAUGAUGCUGAGAGGACAAGCGCGAGCGAUGGCCAAGUCACUCAGUGUGUCAUUGUCGCGAAAAUGAAGGGCGGCAGCUCGAAUUUGCUGAGGCGAUAUUACGUCUUGCUUGUCACAGCGACGCAGGGGACGACGGGGAGGGGCGAGAGGAGGUAUAGGAGGGUCGGAGCGGGGUUUAUGUUGGGAAAGUACAUCUCAUUAGAGGGGGAGGGUAUCGCGGCGAGGAUCGUUUAA